AUGGCUUCUCGCCUACAAAUCAAUAACUCACGCAGGUUAAAUGCAACACGUACAAAGACUGCAGAUGAGAAUAAUUUAAGUCAGCAACUUAGAUCUAAGCAGGCGGGUAUGCCUCUCCGUACGGCCAAAUCAUCAAACUCUCUAUCCGUAAAUAGUAACAAGAGAUCAGCAUUUGGUGAUUUAUCAAAUCAGGAGAAGAGACCUACAAACAGUAAAACAACUAAUACGAAGAGAGCUAGCAGCUUCAGUGAAGUUAGCAGCAUCCCACAAACUAAACUACGUAUAGUACAACCAACAUCUAAACUACAAGUUUAUAAUGAAGAUGAUCAAAUGAGUGAUGAUGAAGUUGACGAUGGUCCACCCGAUAUUGACCUCACAGAUGAAGAGGAUGAAGUCGUUUCACCUGAAGAAGCCGAGGAAGUGCUAGGUGAUGAUGAUGAGCAGGAUAUAAUGGAAGAGGACCAAAUUGAAGAUGAAGAUUGGGUGACCAAACAUGUAGAGGUACCUAGCUUAAUCGAGGAGGUCAAUCGGGUACAAUCAAACUAUAAGGAGGAUUUCGAUUUCUGGGAUACGACAAUGGUUGCUGAAUACGCACCUGAGAUCUUCAGUUACAUGUGUGAGCAAGAAAUUGAGACAAUGGCUAAUCCAAAUUAUAUGGAAUUCCAAUCAGAAAUUGAAUGGUCAAUGCGUUCAACUCUAAUUGAUUGGUUACUUCAAGUUCAUUUGAGAUAUCAUAUGUUACCUGAAACACUCUGGAUUGCCAUCAACAUUAUUGAUAGAUUCCUUUCAGUUAGAGUAGUUAGCUUAGUUAAAUUACAACUCGUUGGUGUUACCGCAAUGUUCAUCGCUGCGAAAUAUGAGGAAAUUCUCGCACCAUCAGUCGAUGAAUUUGUUUAUAUGACUGAAAAUGGUUACACUAGAGAAGAAAUAUUGAAAGGAGAGAGAAUCAUUUUACAAACUCUUAAUUUCUCUAUCAGCUCUUACUCUUCACCAUACACAUGGGUUCGUAGAAUAAGCAAAGCAGAUAAUUAUGAUAUUCAAACGCGGACAUUAUCCAAGUUUAUUAUGGAAGUUGCAUUACUCGACAAUCGUUUCAUUAGAGCUAGACCUUCACUUAUAGCUGCUGUUGGUAUGUAUGCCUCUAGAGUUAUGUUAGGUGGUGAUUGGAAUGAAGAUUUCGUUUAUUAUUCAGGCUUUUCAGAGUCUCAAUUAGAAACCCCAAUGGACUUCAUAAUUGAAAAGCUCAUUCAACCAGAUUUCGAUCAACAAUUCUGUUAUAAAAAGUACAGUAACAGAAAGUUCCUCAAAGCUUCAAUCUUUGCUCGUGAUUGGGCACUUAGGAGUAGUUAG